UCGAAGCACAAGUCCGUUGAUCUGUCAACAAGAAUUUCAAAUUCACUGUUCUUUCUCUCUUCCGUUUGAUCUGAUCUGUGUAGUCAUGGGGCUUCUAAGCAUUAUUCGGAAAAUCAAGAAGAAAGAGAAGGAAAUGCGCAUUCUCAUGGUGGGACUUGAUAAUUCUGGGAAGACUACGAUUGUUUUGAAGAUAAACGGAGAAGACACUAGUGUCAUCAGUCCCACGCUGGGUUUCAAUAUCAAAACCAUCGUAUACCAAAAGUAUACCUUAAAUAUAUGGGAUGUUGGAGGCCAAAAAACGAUAAGAUCAUAUUGGAGGAACUACUUUGAGCAAACUGAUGGUUUGGUGUGGGUAGUUGAUAGUUCAGAUCUUAGAAGGUUAGAUGAUUGCAGAAUGGAACUGCAUAACCUUUUGAAGGAAGAGAGGCUAUCAGGUGCAUCUUUAUUGAUAUUCGCUAAUAAGCAAGACAUCAAAGGAGCUUUAACACCCAGUGAAAUUGCUAAGGUGCUGAACCUGGAAAAUCUGGACAAAACACGACAUUGGGAAAUUGUGGGCUGUAGUGCAUACACUGGUGAGGGCUUGCUUGAGGGAUUCGACUGGUUGGUUCAGGACAUCGCCUCUCGGAUUUAUAUGCUCGACUAAUCAAUGUGGGGAUCAUUUCUGUUGCGUCAGACUCAAAUGCUUUAUGAUGGCUAUAUGGAAUUUGUGUAUCAGAAAUAUAAAAUAUUCUUGGACUUGCUCAUC